GUGAGACUCCUCCUGAUAAUCGAGUUCUAAACUGGGGUCUGUGAAUAUGAAUGGUUUUCAAAAGACUAAAUAGCAGAAAAUAAGCCUAGCCAAGUCAAGUGUGCUGACCUCUAGUUUUAGCUCGUUGAGUUUACGAGUGUACUUCACAGCAGCUAAUUUGACCUUUAGUUUGUUUAUAGUGCUUCAUCAUCAUCAUCAUUGUCAAAAGUGGUGGACCAAACUAUCAUGUGUGAAUUGAAUUUAACAACGUCAUGGGUUUGUGUGACUUAGAAUCAAAUCCAAUCUAGAUCAAAUCGUAGAUAAUUGUUGUCUUGACAGCUGUGUAAUAGGUAAACAUAAAGAAGGAUGAACAUAUAAGCCUUUUUGUUUACCAUCCUCUGGAUCUUCAUGGAGCCUGCUCAAGAGCUGCAACAAGAUACUCAAGCCGAUGACAGAGAGCAAAACUCAAAUAAAGGCACUUUUGUUACCAACCUAAUGAAACUUCCUAGACUCAAACAUUACAAGUGGUGGCUUCGUAUUGCCUCUUACUCCUUUCUUAUUGCCGGCCAGACUGUAGCGACUCUCUUGGGAAGAUUAUACUUUGAUCAAGGUGGGAAUAGCAAAUGGAUGGCAACAUUUGUUCAAUCAGCUGGCUUCCCAAUAUUACUUCCUCUACUAUUCUUCUUCUCGCUAUCGUUAAGAUCCUCUGCAAGCACCACCUUAAACACUUCCUCUACAAAAUUGCCACCUCUCUCCACCCUUGCCUUUCUCUACUUUGCUUUUGGCCUAAUGUUGACAGGUAACAACCUGAUGUAUUCAUAUGGACUCUUAUACCUCCCUGUCUCUACUUAUUCUCUACUAUGUGCAACCCAAUUGGCCUUUAAUGCCCUCUUCUCAUUUUUCUUCAAUUCACAAAAAUUCACUCCCUUUAUACUCAACUCUCUUGUCCUUCUUACCAUAUCAGCAUCCCUUCUUGCAGUCAAUACCAACUCCGAAAACAUGACCGGAAUACCUAAAGGAAAGUAUGUAAUUGGAUUUCUUUGCACGCUUGGUGCAUCUGCAAUAUUCUCAUUAAACCUUUCCUUGGUACAACUUUCUUUCCAAAAAGUUAUAAAAACAGAGACUUUUUCUGCUGUACUGGAUAUGCAAUUCUAUCCAUCAUUUGUCGCAACUUGUGGCUGUGUGGUAGGACUUUUUGCAAGUGGAGAAUGGAAAAUUUUGCGGAAUGAGAUGGAGAAUUAUGGAAAAGGAAGGGUAUCCUAUAUGAUGACUUUGAUUUGGACGGCUGUGACAUGGCAAAUUUCUUCAACAGCUAUGUUGGGGUUGAUUUUUGAGGUAUCUUCACUCUUCUGCAAUGUCAUUAGCACAUUGGCUUUGCCUGUUGUUCCCAUUCUUGCAGUAAUGUUUUUUCAUGACAAGAUGGAUGGGGUGAAGGUGACGGCUUUGUUGUUAGCAGUCUGGGGUUUUCUUUCAUACAUCUAUCAACAUUAUCUUGAUGAUUCUAAAUCCAAGGUUAACAAAACCGGUUAUAAUGAGUCUUCUGGGGCAGGGGCUGUAAUAGAGGUUUGUUGAUGACAUUUUUUUUAAAGAGAAAAGUAAAGAAAUGUCCACCCCGUGUAAUCCCGUGUGGGCUCAGAGACACUACCCCGUAGGCCCUAACGAGAACGUUAGGGAUUUAAAUGGGGGAAAUUGU